AUGGCGUCCAUUGUGUCUCCCAAUUCUGCCUCUACAUCUUCCACUACCGUCUAUUUGCGUCGCGAUCACAGUGCCACCAGUAGCUUUCGCCGUCCACCCACAGUGCGUAGUCUUGUUCUGUCCGAAAUGUUUCUCCCAUUGGAGAACACCUCUCCCCUCUCUUCCGGACGCUCGCGCUCUGCCUGUCGUUCCUGCCUUUUCUUGGAGCCCUCCACUGACGACCAGAUGCCUCCUCUUCCUCCUACUGCCCCUCAAAAUCGAAAGGCAAAUGUAUCUUCAUCUCUCCAACGCUCCGAUUCCUUCCUCUCUAAAUUGCAGUCCCUCUUCUUCAUCAAACGAUCUGGCACGUCUCACGUCAAGCCAGAGAAGUCACCGACAGCUCCGAAAAUUCAGCCUCCUCUUAUCAACUACGCCUCCUUCGCUUCACACUUUCGUGGACGGUCUCAGUCCUCCGCGUCGCGUAAUUACACCCGCUUCAAAAAAAACGCCUCGGCACAGGCCUCACCUGCCCGCAGUGUGGAAAAAGAGCCCCUCGUCUACUCCACACCUCCCCCGAAAUUGACUUCCACAAGCACAUCGCUCACCAGUUUUACUUCAUCACCUGCUCCGCCCCAACGGCCGAAGAACCUCCCACUUGUGCAGCGCCGCCAACGAAAUCUCGCCGUAGCCAAUCCGUCAGCUAUCCAAAAUAAGCACUUUUCUGCUCACCUACCUGGCGAGGUUCUGCAUGCUCCCCCACCAAGCCAGUCGUCCUCAGAGGUGAUGUUGGAGACCUUCUAUCACAGUGAAAUGGCAGUGGACUCCGUGGAUGCUCUGGGUAUCACGUCCUUGACUAAGCGAACCGCGUUGGGACGGGGUGGUGGAGGAGAGAAGAGAAGGCGGUUUCACUUCAGGCACCUGAAGCGUUUCGCAUAUCCAAUCGGUCUUUGGAGUGCCAGUUCGGUGGCGUCGCUUGGCUUGUCGCUUCAUCGAUCUUCCACUGUCCGCCCCACAGCCGCGGGUGUCGCAGAGACGAACUCCCUUCACGGGCUUCGGCAGCGCUCGCCCUCCGUGUCUUCCAAUGACUCAGCCGUAGAAUUGAUGCCGUGUGCUUUGACAAAGUUGGAGUGGAUUCAACAUCACCCCAGCGCUAGUCUUGUCUACGCUUCACCGACAAAUCGUAUCUAUGAGGAGGUAGCCCCGACGCCGACUGUGGUGACGCCAGGUCUCACGGAAAAGACACCAACCACUGCGCAACCCUCUCAUUGCCUCGGUGACUCAGCCCUUGCUCGCUCCGCCUCAACCACUACGCUGACCAGCGUUGAGACCGAGGUGGAGCCGACCUAUGCCGUUCCACUGUCUACUGCGGCCGUCUCCACCGGCCCUCCGCAGCUUCCCGUGCCUCCACCGGUGCCUCCUAAGGGUACGCUUAACACUGCUCUGCUGGAGUUGGGGGAUCACUUAGUCAGCUCCACGCCUCCAGCUCUUACGGCAUCGCCUCAACCGCCGGUGUUUGUGGAGAAGAACCUUCAUCACCGACGAGCAGCAAGCGCCUUGCGAGUCUCCUACCAGCGGUCACCACGUUUUGACGACUCUGUCCACAGUCGACGUCCAGCCUCCACAGUCUCUCCUUCCGGUUCGACUACUACUACGAUGGCAAGCAGCAUCAGUAGCAGUUGGUACGCUGAUAUUCUUCCUUACAAACCCUCCACCCUCCCAGAGACCCUGGCCGAUCGCCUGAGACAGCGUAACAGUUUCAUCCUCUCCACCCCGGCUCCGCCCUGCGAUGACCUCAUGACGCGGUCGCUCUUCGAGCCGCGUCAAUCCUCGGAGAGCAGCGUGCGAAUCUUGCCGAGUCGUUCCGCGUCUCGCACUCGACCCGUCUCCUUUCAUGACGCUCCCUCAACUUCCAUCAACCUCCCCUCUCUGGACCAUCUGUUGAAACCAUCAGAGGGCAGAAAGGCGCUUCCACAGGCUCCUGAAGUUGUCCCACCAUUGAAGGGAGGGCUGCUGUUGCAGGAGCCGCUCCCAGUCCAGCCAUCGGAUUCACCUUUAUUGGGACAGUACUGUAGAUUGAAGCUGGUGAUACCUCCUUCUUCCUUUUCGACCUCAUCUGACUCUGCGUCAGGUGGAGAUUUCGCUUAUCGCCUUAACCGAUGCAGCUGGGAGAUCAGUGACAUCGGUCCGGAUAUCAGUAUCCUCCCAUGA